GGAAACUAAAGUAAAGUCACACUGGUUUUGAUAGCAUUGAAUCAUAGCCUGUAAACAUAGCUUGUUAUCGGAAGACUCAGAUUUUGGAUGGGGAAGGAGAGAAAAAAGAAAAGGAUCUCGAAGACAUACCAACAAUCAACGAACAUUUCUCUCUCUCGAUGGAAGCACCGACACUGUAACCGGUAACCCUAAAGCGAUUUGUUUCAGUUUCUCUUUACUCUCACUAGUCCGGAGAUCUUCCUUUCUUUAAUGGAUUCUUGAUCUUGAUCAGAAACAAGCAGCAAGAGUAGAGCUUUUAUAGAGAGAAUCCAUAGGAUCAUAUGAAGUGGUUACUUGAUUGGACUGGUUCUCUAGCAGUUGAUUCUGAUGUACUGUAUUUGCAUGUUUUCACACCCAGAAAACUUCUUGUCCAAUUUGCAGAGGUGAGUAGAGUAAGAUCAAAUUUUUGUUUUGUUGAUUGGGUACUGUGUGGGAACCAUAAGCUGAGCAGAAGAGAAGAAAGGUUGUUAUGGCUGAUGGAGCUGAGCAAAUUGAGCUUAAAUUCCGCAUUUAUGAUGGAACAGAUAUAGGGCAUAGUACUUAUGCAUCAUCUAUGACUGUUGGAACUCUUAAGCAAAGGCUAGUUACAGAGUGGCCCCAAGAUAAAACAGUAUUACCAAAGUCAGUUAAUGAUUUGAAACUAAUACAUGCUGGUAAAAUAUUGGAGAAUAAUAAGACACUUGCUGAUUCCAGAAUAACAUAUGGCGACCUUCCUAUUGGGGUCAUCACCAUGCAUGUAUUAGUACAGCCUCCUGCAGCUAAGAAGAAGAUGGACAAAAACCCAGAGGAGAUGAAAAAGCAGAAUUCAUGCUCAUGUGUUAUCCUUUGACAUCAGAAGCAUGCUUUUUGGCUACAAACGCAGACAACAUUGCCCAUUGCAAUUUUUUUUUUUUUUUUUUUUGUUCAAUUAGUGAUAUAUUGCAGUUUCAUAUUUUAUAUGGCAUUCGUAUGCGUGGAUUGCAAUUUCAAUUUCUUAUUGCUUUUGUUGUUAUUCUGUAAUCACACUUAACAGCUAUAUCAUACUAUCAGCUCAUUACCUUUA